CGGAACUUGACGCUCGAUGUAAACAAUUCGUAAACUUAAUUCAUGUAGGAUUCGGUGCUGAGAAGUGUUUUUCAUCCGCUCCCAGGUGGGACGCCGUUUGCGGCUCAGCAGCUGUCCGAGCAGGACCAUCUGCUCCACUCCGUGGAUGGUGUGGGAUCAUUUCAUCCGGAGAGGCCGUGGCCGACAUUUUAGCCCGGUCCGGGCUAAAGCCUCUGGUCGGAGGGGACAUCCGAGGACACGCGUGGAGGAUGCGACGCUGCCAUCUGCACAGCUGUGACAUGUGAAGAGACUCCUGCGUGAUCCUCUUGAGCCUUUAGCAGAAUUCACGUAAACCGACGCUGCGUCCGCAUCCUGACUCCCCCUGCCUCGGGCAUGCCUCAGCCGGGUAUGAAUGGGAUGGAGCCUGUGUUUGGCGAGGCCUACGGGGGCCACAGGGGUCUGCUGAGCCCCUGCCCAAUGGCCAUGUCACCACAGGGGGGCAGGACUGAGUAUGACCAGAGUGUGCUCCUCAUGCUGGGCUCCUCGGUGUCGCCUAGGAAACGACCCUUUGAGUUGCUGAGCGACCUCGUAGAUGACGGGGGCUUUGGUGAGGACCAGCACCCGGAGCGCUGGGAUGUGUCUGCACUGGACGAGAUGACUCGUUACACCAAGCUGGGCCUCGGCGUCGGGGGGGAGCUGCUGGCCUGCUCUGAGGAGGCUGUCCUGAUGGGCCGCUGGGGGAGGAGCAGGGAGGAGCAGGAAGAGCAAAGGGGCGAGGAGAGGAGGAGGGGGAGCAGACACACAUCUCCUCUCAACACCCAGGAAGUCCAGGCUGCUGCUGGUGGGAGAGAGGAAGGGCAUGUCUCUGUUUCCAUAGCAACACAGAGGGAGUUAUGUGCUGCAGGAAGAGCGGCAGUAGGAGGACAGGAUAGGGGGAUGUCAGGAGAGUGUACAGUGGAGGUGUAUCAGGUGGAGGAGGAGGUGUCAGCGGGGCUGGUUCUGGAGCACUGCAGCGAGGAGCACAACUACUCCCUGAGCCAGGUAGGGGAGCCGCGGCUGGCGUCGGCACACAGUUCCCAGUCUGAGGAGGAGCAGGAGAAGGAGACGCAGCAGGAGGAGCAGGGCAGCGAGGAGAGCCAGACCGUCACAGAACUGGAGCUGGAGGAGGAGCAGGAGGAGGAGGAAAGGGCAGAGGAGGUGGAACUCUCCAGCACCUCGGAAACUGAGUGUGCAGAGGUGGAGGCGGAGCCAGCCAGGCAGCCUGACGAGCGCCCUGCGAAGCGCCGAUGUUUCUGGGAGUACAGACGCACUCGGCAGUCGGCCACAAAGAAGAAACUGGGCGGUAACGUCCACUGGUCUCUGUCCUGGAGCUCCAGCACUCUUCCCAGCACGCUGUACCGCCGCGAGGGUAAGAAAGGGCGCCGUAAAGCCCGGAAAACUGAUGCCAGCGAUCUGACGCCAAAUCCCCAGAAACUUCACAACAUUGGGGAGCAGCUGCAGAAGCUCAACGCUGCCAUCGACGGCAUGGGGCCGGUCCACACCCUCCCCGCCAUGGCCCGAGCUCGCUCCCGCAAGGAGAAGAACAAGCUGGCCUCCAGGGCCUGCCGGCUGAAGAAGAAAGCCCAGCAUGAAGCCAACAAGAUCAAGCUGUGGGGGCUCAACCAGGAGUAUGAGAACCUGCUGGGAGCUCUGCUGCGGAUCAAGGAAGUGAUCCGACGGCGGGUGGAGAGCAGCGAGGAGGAGGACGCGGAUGAGCGUGGGAUGACCCAGCGUCUGGAAGACAUCCUCAAAGAGUCCAGUGGUCCAUUAGUCGCUGGGCGGACCAAAGACUUCGUGCAGAGGAUUCUGGCAGCCAGUGGAAGUGGUCAGACCCAGCGCAAAGAGUUUCCUCAGGGCGGAGAUCAGGCAGCAGGGAAGAUCCAACCCGGCUCAGCUCGGCCCGGCCUCCCCCACGUCCCCCCUCCCAGCACCACCCAUCUGAUCUGAUCUGGACGAGCUGUUCUGGGCUGCUGCUGCUGCCUCUUGUCUGUUGGCUCUGCUGGAAGCGUCUGCAGGCUGCAACACAUCCCACCAGGCCAGAGCUGCUGCUGACGUCUGCGUGCAUGUGUGUGUAACAUACUGUACGAGUGUGUAAAGUGUUCAUCUUUCCCUGUAUUUGCUGUAUUUGUUUCCUAUUGUGCCUAUGAAUAGACAUUGCACUGUUUUGUAGAUGGUUGUAGUCGUCGGCAAGGGGGCUGGCGGAGGGCCAGGGGCCAUCUGAGGACACAGGAAGUUGAGCAGUCAGGAAGUGGGAGGAGCUGAGGCUGGAAAACAAAGAAGUGUGUGUGUGUGUUUCCUCCUGCAGGAGCUCUGCAUACCAUCAGAAACAUCAGCAGCUGAUGGCAGGUUGUGGUGGGAAAGGUCUCUGGUGCUUUAACAGACCUCUUCUCACCCCAACAUCAUCUUCAUCACAUCACUGUCAUCAGCAUGAAAGAAAACUUCCAAACAAAAGUGAAAGUGGCACCUUAAACCAAACUGACCAAAGAUAUCUGACUUUCUGGAAGAACUGGCACUCCUUCAGAACUCCUCCCACCGCUAGCGUCCUCGGCGUCUCCCCGAACCCUCCGCUCGACCCCUGACCCUAUGAUGUAGCGCAACUUCCUGAAUUGCAACUAUAACUAGAAACACUUGUAGACAGCAGAUAAGUCUAAUUUCUUUGGUCUUUUUGUUCUAAUUUUGUUGUUUGUUGGGGGGAGGUGGGCGUCAGUCAAAUUCUGCCUUUCUUCUGUGGUCUCUGCUGAAGCUGCAGACCAACCUGUCCACGUCUUCUGAAGCCUGUUGGACGUUAAAAAAAACACUUGAAUUGCACUGUGGUAACGAAGCACCUUUGAAAGUCCACCAGAAGAGACAAAAAAAGACUGUUGGCACCUUUUUCUUUUUUUUAUUUGUAAAGACAGAUGUUGACGGAGCGACUUGCUGGGGCAUGGUGCUGCCUCCUGAUGAAGCCGUGCUGACCCGCUCCAACACGUCCUGCUGUGGCGGCAGAUUGUUUGCAACACAACGCUUUUCCGAAGUGCCUGGAGCUGCAGGGAAACUGUGUUAUCUUAAAUCCUGUUACAAGGUGAAACUGAAGCUAUGACUACUGGACCAGGACUGGCCUCACUGGGAGAAAUGGAAGUUUGUCUCGUCAUAUUUUUGGCCGAAAUAUUUUCUUCCCUGAUAAAUCCCGCUCGUGGAGAGGAGCUGGUGCCAGACUCUAGGAAAUGGAUGGACUGGGAGCACAUUCCCACCUUGACGAGCUUCGAUUCAGACUGCUGUUCUCUGACAUGCUGCUUCCCUGGAAAACCCACUUCCUGUCUGAACCGGGACCAGAGCAGCUGGUUGUGCAUAGAAGAGUUUAGAAAGUUUAUCGUUGCUGCUGUUUUUAGUUUCUGUAAAUUCUGGAAAGUUCUGGUUGUGUAAAUAGCAGGUUCCUGCUGGGCUGGCCUCUUAGCUGAGGUCCAAAACAUGUACCAGCAGCAACUCAGGUCAGGACUGCAGGAUGUGUGGACCCCGUCCUCACACAUCCUGCAUUGGGCUGUUUAGAGAGGUUUUGGAGUGAGUUGGAUCCAGCUGAGCUGCUAUAGGCUGCAGAUGAAGACUCGUGUGAGACAGAAAACGGCCUGAAAGCAGCUACACAAGUGUAAAUGAUGCAGGAACUGGCAGAAAUAACAAAACCAGUGGUUCUGAUCACAUCAGGUUCUGUUUCUGUAAACUAAAAAUAUUUCACUUUUUCUUUUAGUAUUUUCUACUCAGAAAACUAGAUUUGCAUGGGACUAGACCAACAGCGAGGCAGCAGAGCACUGCCAGCCCACCUUAGCUUUCAUGUGGCCAUUUGGACCGGUGGACCCAGCAGGCUGAAUAGACCCAUCAGUAAGCCUAAACUGGUGGGACGUUGCUGACCUCCAGGUUUCCGUCCCCCGUCUGCUCCAGCGCUCUCAUUGUCUGAGACACUCUGGCUUAUCUGGUUUCAGAGAUGAAGGGUUUUCUUCAGAGGAGACCUGGACAUGGCCCUCAGCCGGGCCCCUAAGUGGUUCAUCCGGAACCUUUUCAUCCCCCGCUCCAUCUCCACCCGCUGUCAGUCCAACAACUGCAGGGAGGAGGGUGUCCUCGUCCUCAUGUCUCUGUGUCCCAGACCUGAGCCAGGUGGAGGAGGAAGGUGUCAGUUCAGACCUUCACGUCCAUGCGGUCCACUUCCUGGCUCUGUAAAUUGCUUGCAGCUCAUUAUUAUGACAUCACAGAGUUUAACACAGAGUUCCUGGCCAGCUUCGCGGUCCCGUGUUUCCACUGUUUCCAGGAUAGCCGGUGUUUUUUAAUUUAAACCGGUCUGUAGCAGCUGGAGCUUUUAAUCCAAGUAUAAACCAGUCAGCAUCAGACAUGAUGUUUCCAGCCUCAGCUGUCAAGGUAGGUGGUAAGGUGGUAAGGUGGGAGGUAAAAUGAAUGUAUGAAUAGAUGUAGCAGCAUAAAGGUCGACCAGAAGAAGAAAGCAGAAUUUAUUACUAACAGAACUUUGUAGAAAUAACACACAGAUCAACAGUGACCAAACCUUUUC